CCGAAUCAAAUGCAGAGUUGAUGAUCGCAUCUGAAUGAUUUUAAUCGAGUCACGUCGUUCGUCUAGAAUGACCAGAGGAGGUCGGUGAUCCUGUAGGCUGGUUUUCUUGCUUGCCUGCUUGCUUGCUUGCUUGCUUGCUUGCUUGCUGAAGACGAGGUCGUGAUUUCCAUCCAUCCAUCGGUCCUCGUCAUCAAUCGGUGGAGAGAGUUGAUGGCUGAGUCAGCAGCAGCAGCGGAUCCAAGGGAGAUGUCAAAGAGGAUCAUAUCGUUCCCCCGCCCCAAGAUCAUUCUGUUUGGGGACUCUCUCACGGAAUGGGCGUUUCAGCGGACGGGGUGGGGAGCGCUCCUGGCUGACCGAUAUGCCAGAAAAGCGGAUGUCGUUAACAGGGGCUAUAGUGGGUACAACACUUGCUGGGCGCUUCACCUUCUGGACAAGCUGUUUCCAAAGAAGGACACAAGCUCACCACCGCCGCCGCUGGGACCACCACAACCACGUGAGAUGGUGACUGUGUUCUUUGGAGCGAACGAUGCCGUGGUGGAGAAUGGGGCUGCCGCUAAACACCAUGUCCCUCUCGAGGAGUAUAGACAGAAUCUGUCUACGAUCGUUCAGCACUUGCAGAAAGUGUCAAAGUCCACAUUCGUUGUACUGAUUGCACCUCCCCCGGUCGAUUCGGUAGCGCACUUGAACCACUGCAGACGGGAACUUGGCACCGAUCUUGAUGACUGUGGAAGAAGCAACGAAAGUGUCGGACUUUAUGCGGAGGCGUGUGUGCAAGUUGGACGGGAGAUGGGCGUUCCUGUCAUCGAUCUGUGGAAAAUGAUGCAGGAGGGAGGGGGCGACUGGAAAAGGUAUUUGUGCGAUGGACUCCAUUUCUCUGAAGAGGGUAAUGCUUUCGUAUUUGAUGCCCUGAUGAGGGUUGUCGAGGAACACGGUCGGAGCGGGGAAGAGUCGUUGGUGGCAGAGGAGAUGCCCAUGGACUACCCAUCAUUCGAAGAUAUUGAUCCCAUAACUUAUGCACAAAUGUUUGCAGCUUGGAUGGAAAAGCAUCAUUAUUAAGUUGCAUUUUGCCCAUGUGGUCCGAUAACGACCGGGCGUUCUAUUCGGGGUGAAGACGGUGUUCUGCACAUUUGAUCUGACAAAUCAUGCGCAGACAUUUGCAGUUUCGAUGGCGCCGAAAACAUCACUACCGGUAGUUCCUUUACCAAUGAGGCGGCGUGGCGUGCCACAUUUUUUUUGUCUGCCAACAGACGUGGGCACUUCGUGGCGCUGACCCUGACCGCCGUGUACCUGCUGGACAGGAAGCUGACAACGCUUAGUCAGUGCUAGCUCUCCAGGAAAACUGCAAUCUUGAAAUAUCAGCCUUGGGCACUGGACCCUGCAAUCUCUGUGCAGAGGAACAAGAGAGACUGGAAGAGGAACGGAUAAUAACUUCAACUUCCAAGUUGUUUGUUACCGAGCUCUGUGUGGUGGACGGAGGAGGGAGAAGAGGGAGAUUUGACAAAAAAAGUAGGUUGGAGGAGCAAGUCGUUGCGAAAUGCAAGGGGACCUGGAAAAUGAAUCCGGAACACAAUA